GUUAUCUUCUUCCUCCUCUUCUUCAGAUAUUCCUUCUUCCUCUCCCUCUACGUAUCAUGUCUUCUACUACUAUCUAUAGCCGUCUGCAACAAAAAAAGCACCGAUCUGGCCCUAGUCAUAUAGCCAGAAGUUAACCGCCCUUUUCCCUGGUCGACUUGGCCUAGGGUUUCAGGCGCUGGAGGUGGGCCUCGCCAUCGCCUUGCGCCUAGGCGCACCAUUCUCGGAGAAACAUUUUGUGGGUUUAACCAUUCUUGUUUGAACAGAGAUAAGGGCGCGAAUUGCAAUCUUAUCAUUCAACAAAUUAAUGGCGAUCGAGUGUCUUGUUUUAGGUGCAGGACAGGAAGUGGGUAAGAGCUGUGUGGUUGUAACUAUAAAUGGAAAAAAGAUUAUGUUCGAUUGUGGGAUGCAUAUGGGUCAUGUUGAUCAUCACCGUUACCCUGAUUUUUCUCUCAUUUCCAAAUCUGGAGAUUUCAAUAAUGCUCUCUCUUGCAUUAUUAUUACGCACUUUCACUUGGAUCAUAUUGGAGCUCUUCCAUACUUCACUGAAGUUUGUGGUUAUAAUGGACCGAUUUACAUGACGUACCCUACAAAAGCUUUGGCUCCACUUAUGCUGGAAGAUUACCGGAAAGUGAUGGCUGGAAGGGGAGAGGAACAACAGUUCACUAAUGAGAACAUUCUUAAUUGUUUGAAGAAAGUUAGUGCAGUGAAUAUUAAGCAAACAGUGCAAGUUGACAAGGAUCUUCAGAUUCGUGCUUACUAUGCUGGACAUGUUCUUGGAGCUGCAAUGAUUUAUGCCAGUGUAGGCGACACCGCUAUGGUUUAUACAGGAGAUUAUAACAUGACACCUGAUAGACAUCUUGGAGCAGCUCAAAUUGACCGACUGCAAUUAGACCUUGUUAUAACCGAGUCAACAUAUGCAACAACUACUCGUGACUCAAAAUAUGUCCGAGAAAGGGAAUUUCUUAAGGCUGUUCAUAAAUGUGUUGGCAAUGGAGGAAAGGUACUGAUUCCUACAUUUGCUCUUGGAAGGGCUCAGGAACUCUGUAUAUUGUUGGAUGAUUACUGGGAACGGAUGAAUCUCAAGGUUCCUAUCUACUUCUCAUCAGGUUUGACAAUGCAAGCUAAUUUGUAUUACAAAGUACUCAUUAAUUGGACUAGCCAGAAGGUGAAAGACACAUAUGCUACUCGGAACGCGUUUGAUUUUAAAAAUGUUCACACAUUUGACCGGUCAUUACUAGAUGCACCUGGACCCUGUGUACUUUUUGCUACACCAGGAAUGAUUAGUGGUGGUUUUUCACUUGAAGCUUUUAAGCACUGGGCCCCAUCUGAAGCAAAUCUUAUUACACUUCCAGGGUACUGUGUUGCUGGAACUGUAGGACACAAAUUAACGUCUGGCAACCAGAAGCCCGAAAAAGUUUAUUUGGACAAAGAUACCCAGAUUGAUGUCCGCUGCCAGAUCCAUCAAUUGUCUUUUAGCCCACAUACUGAUGCCAAAGGAAUAAUGGAUCUUGUAAAGUUUCUGUCUCCCAAAAAUGUCAUUCUUGUACAUGGUGAAAAACCUAAGAUGGAGAAGCUUAAGGGAAGAAUUGAGUCAGAACUUGGAAUACAAUGUUAUCAUCCAGCAAAUACUGAAAUUGUAUCUUUCCCUUCGACCCAUUAUGUUAAAUCUGAGGUCACCAACACAUUUAUCCGUAGUUCUUUGAUACCCAACUUCAAGUUCUCAAAUGUUGAAAGUACAGAAAUGUCCCCAAUUAAGGUUCAUGAUGACAGAGUAGCUGAAGGGAUCCUAACCAUGGUUCAAGGUCAGAAAGUAAAGAUUGUGCACCAGGAUGAGUUUUUGGCUAUGGUUGGAACAGGAAAGAAUGACGUUGAGUUCGCUUACUGUUUUGCGCUAGAUUUUGGCUGUUUGAAAAGUUGUUUAUCAAUCACUGAAGAGAUUUCUGAUUCCUUGGGAACAAUUCAGGUGAACUCUUUUCGUCUUGCAAUCUUUUUGAAUUACAUUAUCAGAAAUUCAAAAUACAAAAAAAAAAAAAAAAAAAAUUUAUGCAUGAUCAGAAUAUCAGACACCACCACCACCACAACCGCGCCCUUACUGCAAUCACGUAACCACUCACCACCCGAAUCAUCAUCGUCAUCCCCUAGACCCACCACGCUCGCUCUUCUAUUAGGCCGUGCAUCAGGUCGCCAUGGCAGCGCCUCAUCUAUGCUUGUCCGCGAAACCGCAGCCCGGCAGCUCGAAGAACGCCGCGCUGAUUGGGGCUACUCGAAACCGGUUGUUGCUUUAGACAUGACAUGGAACCUGGCGUUUGUUGCGGUGUCUGUGGUUUUGUUGAUGUGUACGGUCGAUGAGAAACCAAAAGUUCCUAUUAGGGUUUGGGUCUGUGGCUAUGCCCUUCAGUGUGCGGUUCAUGUUGUGCUUGUUUGGUUGGAAUUUAAAAGACGGAAUAAUAAUAAUAAUAAUAGGAGAGUUUUAAAUGAUAAUAAUAAUUAUAAUAAUAAUAAUAAUGGAAGUGAUUUUAGUUUUGAUGGUAGUGAAGAUGGUUUUGAGGAUGAUGAUGAUGCAAGAGUCGGGGCGUUUUUCGCCUCAAAUAGAAUCAGCUACACUAAAAGAUGUGAAAAUCUUAACACGAUGGUAUCUUUUGUUUGGUGGCUAGUCGGUUUCUACUGGAUGGUCACUGGUGGUGAGGUUCUUAUGCACAGUGCUCCACGUCUCUACUGGUUGACUGUGGUCUUUUUGGCAUUCGAUGUGUUCUUUGCCAUAUUUUGUGUUGUUUUGGCAUGUUUAAUAGGGAUUGCUCUUUGUUGUUGCUUGCCCUGCAUUAUUGCAAUUCUAUAUGCUGUUGCUGGCCAGGAAGGUGCAUCUGAAGCAGACCUCAACGUUCUUCCAAAAUACAGAUUUCAGGUGUCCAAUGAUGAGAAUAAGCAUGAUGUGGGUGCCGGAAAAAUGGUUCCCAUCGAAUCAAAUGCUGGUUACUUGGCUGUUGAACGUGUUCUUCUUCCUGAGGAUGCGGACUGCUGCAUAUGUUUAAGCACCUACGAAGAUGGAACAGAACUUCAUUCGCUUCCCUGCAACCAUCAUUUCCAUGCUCCAUGCAUUGUGAAAUGGCUGAAGAUGAAUGCAACUUGUCCGCUUUGCAAGUACAACAUUCUUAAGGGAAACGAACAAGUUUAAACACCAAACUCGAUUCAACUCUACUCUAGAUGUGGAGUAGCUCCUGUGUAAUCAUGGAUGUAUAGGAGGAAAUGUAGUUUUGGCAUACAAAGAAAUGACCAAACAAAGCCCCGACAUUCAACAGAUCAAAGUUAACCAACACUUGUGUUGUUUUUGGUAGGGAGAGUUUGGUCUUGUUGGUAUAACCAAACUCAAUAAUGCAAACAUAUAAUUGCAUUAGUAUUCUUAGUAUAUUUUUGUAGAUAUGCUUGGUGUGGCUCACUUGUAUUCGGAAAAAUUAAAUUCAAGUAUUGUAUAGAAGCAUUGAAAAUGUUAGGGAGAUGGAGAUAUACAUAAUGAAGUUAUGUUAUUAUAAA